AUGGCAGACUCUCAUGGCUUCGGAGGGGCUGGUCGAGGCCCAACAUUUCCCCGACAGCCAGAGGAGCUGCACAUCCCAUCCGCGAACAGCUCUCUCCCCUCGAAUGGCCCACGACCUGCGCAGCAUCAAUUCCCUGCACCGCCAGAAUAUGCUGCCAAUCAUCCUCCGACGACGGUGGGCAUCCAAGCUUCCGCCUCCCAACCACCACCGCAAUCCCAUCCCCAGUAUUCCGCGAGCACCGGCCAAACCAACCCCGGGAAUGUGUUGCCAGGCGCUCUCCAGCCUGGAAAUGCAAGCCGCUCGGGCCCUAUAUCAAGCAAUACCGCCCCUACUUUGCCUACUAUCUCGCAACAACCUCCAGCCUCCUCCCCUUCCAGGCCAGCCCUAGCGACCCAGCCGCACUCCUACUCCGCUUCCAGCCCUGCUGCUUUCGAUCAGCAAAAGUAUAAGCCCUUUGGAGGUUCUUCAGAUGGCUCGAAGUACAUCUCCCCAACGUUAGCUACGUAUUCGCAGGGUAAUCAGUAUUCACCGUUGGGUUUGGCAGACAUUCGGUCACGUAUGGACCAUGGGAUGAUGGAGGACGUGAGCGGAGCGGGCCAGGCAAAUAAUGCAGAUCCUCCGAUUUCCACGAAUUGCAACUAUAUGGCCCCUUGGAGUGUCUAUGCGUUAGACUGGUGUAAAUGGUCGGUCCCGCCGGGCACUCCAACCGCCGGAAAGGUGGCUAUUGGGAGUUAUCUUGAGGACAACCAUAAUUACAUCCAAAUUUUGAGCGCCCAGUACACGCCACCCGAUAGGGACUACCCGGAACCAGAUGGCCUACCAGGGCUAGAAUUCGUCAAGAUCGCCGAAGCAACACAUUCUUAUCCGGUCACUCGAAUACUAUGGGAGCCUCCAUCAUCACAAAAGCAAUCUACCGAUCUGUUGGCGACCUCCGGGGACCAUCUCCGGCUGUGGUCGCUGCCGUCAGAGUCGUCUCAAUUUCGCCAUCAUGGAAGCAGUUCUAUUAACCGGUCAACAAAUGCCCGACCUCCUGUUCAGAAACUAUCGCCCCUUGCUCUGCUUUCCAACUCGAAAUCUCCCGAGCAUACAGCCCCCAUAACAUCUCUUGACUGGAAUGUAGUCUCCCCAAGCCUCAUCAUCACAUCCAGCAUCGAUACAACUUGCACAAUAUGGGAUAUCCCUACCUUAACCGCCAAAACACAACUCAUUGCUCAUGACAGGGAGGUUUAUGAUGUCCGGUUUUGUGCCAAUAGCGUCGAUGUGUUUGUCAGUUGUGGCGCGGAUGGUAGUGUUCGAAUGUUUGACUUAAGAAGCCUGGAACACAGCACCAUCAUCUACGAACCGUCAGAAAAGAAUGACAAAUCUUCUCCUCAUGAUGCACAUCUUUUGGCAACGUUUUCUCAAGACUCUAGCGUCAUCCGAAUACUUGACGUCCGGCAGCCAGGCCAGGCUCUUCUCGAGCUCAAGGGCCAUUCCGCGCCAAUCAAUUGCGUGGAGUGGUGUCCUGCCCGCCGAGGGACUCUUGCUUCGGGUGCCGAUGACUCCCUUGUUCUCAUAUGGGAUUUGAUAAAUCAGAACAAUGCGGCUGCAAUAAGCUCACAGACGCCAGCUGGCCAGCCACAUCAUAACAGCUCAAGUGGCGCCUCAACGAUGGAGCGCGGACCGGCUGCAGCAUGGCAGUGUGAUUACGAGGUGUCCAACGUCAGCUGGGCGCCCCAUGCCCCUAGUGGCAAUGUCUCAGGCUGGUUGGGUGUGUCUGGCGGGAAAGGAUUAUGGGGUGUAUCUAUAUGA